AAAACAGAAUUAGAUGUACCUUCCUGUAAAUGAAGUCUGGGUGUCCAGUGCUGUCAGUCUCAUGUACUGUGCACAUAUUUGUACUGUUUUAGGACUCAGUAACCUUUGAGGAUGUGGCUGUGAACUUCACUCUGGAGGAGUGGGCUUUAAUGGAUACUCCACAGAAGAAGCUCUACAGAGAUGUGAUGUGGGAAACCUUCAGGAACCUGGCCUCCGUAGGAAAGAAUUGGAAAAACCAUGACAUUGAAGAUCUGUACAGAAACCAGAGGAGAAAACGAACAAGUCCUGUGGUAGAGAGAAUCUGUGAUGGGAAAGUGGGUCGUCAGUUUGAAGACAACUUCAUCCCUAUUUCAGAUCUCAAUCUGAAUGAGAAAUCGCUUGGAGUAAAGCCAUGUAAAUACAGUGUGUGUGGGAAAUCCUCCAUACAACAUUCGUCUCCUAAUGGGAACGUCAGAUGUCACACUGAACAUAAGCCAUGUAACUAUCAGAAGUAUGGAGAGAAGCCAUAUAAACGUUAUCUCCAGUGUAUUAAAAAACAUGAAAGGAAUCACAAUGGAGAGAAACCUUUUGAACAUAAUGUAUGUGGUGAAGCCUUCAGUCCCAGCUAUGUUGAAGUAGAUGAAAAAACUCAUACUGGGGAAAAACUUUUUAAAUAUAAGGAAUGCAGGGUAGCAUUUAGUGAUCUCUCAAUUCUUCCAGCACACGUGACCAUUCACACUGGAGAUGAACUUUAUAAAUGUAAGGACAAUGAGAAAGCAUCCAUUUCUCGCAGUUUAUAUCAAAUACCUGGAAGGAGUCACACUGGAGAGAAACCCUAUGAAUGUAAGCAAUGUGGUAAAGCCUACAGAGAUCACAGUUCCUUCAAAACACACGAAAGAAGUCACUCUGGAGAGAAACCCUAUGAAUGUAAGCAAUGUGGUAAAGCCUACAGAGAUCGCAGUUCCUUCAAAACACACGAAAGAAGUCACUCUGGAGAGAAACCCUAUGAAUGUAAGCAAUGUGGUAAAGCCUACAGAGAUCACAGUUCCUUCAAAACACACGAAAGAAGUCACUCUGGAGAGAAACCCUAUGAAUGUAAAACAUGUAGGAAAGCAUUCGCUUGUCUCAGUUACCUUCGAAAACAUGAAAAGAUGCACACAGGAGAGAAACCCUAUGAAUGUAAGCAAUGUGGCAAAGCCUUCAAAUAUUGCAGUUCCUUACAGUCUCACAAAAUGAGUCACACAGGAGAGAAACGCUAUGAAUGUAUGGGAUGUGGUAAAGCUUACAGUGGUUCCACUGCCUUAAAAACACACCAAAGAAUUCACACAGAAGAGAAACCCUAUAAAUGUAAGGACUGUGGAUCAGCCUUUAGAUAUUACAGUUCUUUACAAAUACAUGAAAGAUCUCACACUGGAGAGAAACCCUAUGAAUGUAAAACAUGUGGAAAAGAGUUCAAUUAUCUUAAUAAUCUUCGAAGACAUGAAAGAGUUCACACAGGAGAGAAACUCUAUAAAUGUAAGCAAUGUGGUAAAUGUUACAGCGAUCACACUUCCUUCAAAACACAUGAAAGAAAUCACAUGGGAGAAAAGCCCUAUGAAUGUAAAACAUGUAGUAGAGCGUUCGGUAGUCCCAAUUAUCUUCGAAAACAUAAAAGGAAUCACACUGAAGAGAAACCUUAUGAAUAUAGAUGGCAUAGUAAAGCCAGAUAUUACACUACCUUAGAGUCACAUGAGUGAAUUUACAUAGCAGAGAAACACUAUGACUGUAAGCAAUGUGGUAAAGGUUAUAACAACCACACUUCCUUAAAAACACACAAAAGGAGUCACAUUGGAGAGGAACCCUAUGAAUGUAAAACAUGUGGAAAAGAGGUCACUUGUCUUAAUUAUCUUUGAAGACAUGAAAGGACUCACACAUGAGAGAAACCCUAUGAAUGUAAGCAAUGUGGUAAAGGUUAUAGUGAUCACACUUCCUUAAAAACACACAAAAGAAGUUACACUAGAGAGAAACAUUAUGAAUGUAAAACGUGGAAGAGUUCAGUUGUCUUAAUUAUCUUAGAAAGCAUGAAAGGACGCACACAGAAAAACCCUAUGAAUGUAAGCAAUGUGGCAAUGGUUACAGCGAUUUCACAUCUUUAAAAACACACAAAAGUAGUCACACUGGAGAGGAAAUUUAUGAAUGUAAAAUAUUUAGAAAAGUGUUCAGUUGUCUCAGUUAUUUUCAAAAACAUGAAAGGACUCACAGGAGAGGCACACCAUGAAUGUAAGCAAUGAGUUAAAGCUUUCCAUUCUCUACAAGGUUUUCAAAGACAUGAAAGAAAUCACACUAGAGAGAAACUAAAUGUAAAAAACGUGGGAAAGCUUCCAUUUUGCACACAAACUAUUGAACAGAAGUGAGCAUGCACUGUUCUAGCCCAUCCUAAUUUUUUUUUCUAUGAGCCAAGUGGUAUCUAUACAAGCCCAAUGUUUUUCCCCAAUGGAAACACCAAAAAGGAAAGGGAAUGCAUCUGUGAAGGCAGCCAUCCAAGUAUUAAUUUGAUUGUAUUAAGUGACCUGUAGGGAGAGGGUAUCACUUUGAGUAAUGAUCAUAAUUUAGUAUAAAAGGAGAUAUGGACCCAGCUGGUAUGGCUUAGUGGUUGAGCAUUGACCCAUGCAACGAGGUUGCCAGUUUGAUUCUCAGAGCACAUACUCAGGUUGUGAGUACGAUCCACAGUGGGGAGCAUGCAGGAGGCAGCCAAUCAACGUUGAAGUUUCUGUCUCAUUGAUGUUUCUAUCCCUCUCCCAGUCUAAAAAUCAAUAAAUUUUAAAUAAUAGAUAUAUAAGGAAAUGUGGGAAAUUUUCAGAUACACUAUAUCUGAAUGUGGGGAAGACUUAAGUCAUCCCAGUUCCUUCCAAGAGCAUGAAAGGAAUCACUGGAUAAAACCUUUGAACAUAAGCAGUGUGAGAAGGGCUUUAGUAUACACACAUCCUUACAUGUGAAAAGUCUCAGGGAAAAGAGAUAAAACUACAUGUGACAUGAGAAAGCUUGAUGGAAAUUAAUCCAUGUAAAAUGUUCCAGAAAACUUUCAACAUGAAAGAAUUCAUCUUAAGUUUGUAUAUACAUAGUGUUUAUCAAGCUUGUUUUGUAAAAUGCACCAUUGCAAUAUAGAUUUAUAACUUAAGAAAUAAAUAUUGAGGUGAGAUAACUGGGAGUUUUCUUUCAGCAAUAGUACAUAAAAUUACUAGAUAACACUUUUUCCUUAAAUGAAUUAAUAUUUUCUUUCCAUUUUGAAGCCUGUUAGAUCCCUGGGUGAACUGAAGUGUAUUUCUAAUGUGCAAUUAGAUUAAAUUUUUAUACUGUUUUAUUUUUCCUGUGUGAAGGUACCAUUGUAAAAUGACAGUUUGGUAUUUGUUGGAAUUUUCCUAUUGGCUUUGUACAGUUCUGGGUAUCCUUAGUCCACUAAUA